AUGUCUGCACACGCUUCUACUCGUCCCAACGGCACGAAUGGCUCUACAGCCUCUGUGAAGGGACAGCUCGAUGCAUCCAAGCUCAAGUUUGACUUGACAACCGCACUAAAAGAUGUCCCCAAGCCCGGAUCCGCUGAGCUGUGGGAACAGAAUGUCGCUACAGAUCACAUGGUUACCUGUCGCUGGACGGUACAGAACGGCUGGGAAGAUCCAGUUAUUAAGGCCUUCGGUGACUUGACUAUUUCACCUCUUGCAUCUUGCCUUCAUUAUGCCACCCAGUGCUUCGAGGGCAUGAAGGUUUAUCGCGGUUACGACAAUCGCGUUAGACUCUUUAGACCGGACCGGAACGCAAAGCGCUUGGUCAUGAGCGCCGAGAGAGUUUCUCUCCCGGGUUUUGAUCCCGAGCAGCUCGUCGAGUUGAUCAAAGCCUUGGUUCGUGUUGAUGCGAAAAGAUGGCUAUCAGAGCCCGGCAGCUUUCGGUACAUCAGACCAGCAUUAAUCGGAACCGGCCGCCAGCUGGGUGUCCAGAUCCCCAAGGAAGCCAUCUUGAUGGUCACGCUGGUGUGCUGGCCCGAUUUCUCCACCGAGGUUCCUCCAGGUGUAGAGCCAAGAUCGGAUUUACGUCUCAUCACAUCGAGGAAUGACACCAUCAGAGCGUGGCCCGGUGGUUUUGGCUACGCCAAGGUUGGUGCGAAUUACGGCCCCAGCUUUGCAUCUCAUUGCGAAGCGCAACAGGCUGGUUACGACCAGGUCUUGUGGCUAUUGGGCGAGGAAGGACAAGUAACAGAGGCUGGGGCCAGUAAUUUCUUCGCUGUUGUCCGAGACGAAAAGACCUCUAAGCCGGUUCUACUCACAGCGCCGUUGACGGAUCGAGUUAUUCUCGAUGGUGUUACCAGAAGGUCUGUUCUGGAUUUGGUUGGAAGUCGACUUUCCGAGGAGCUCGAGGUCAGAGAAGCGAAAUUUUCAAUCAAAGAUAUUGAGAAGACAUGGAGAAAUGGCCUCCUUCAGGAGGCUUUCGUGUCGGGCACUGCCUUUUUCAUCAAGAAUGUAUCGACCAUUCGGGUUGGUGAUUUUAACAUCGACUUGCCACAGAAGCAAGACGAUGGGAGUGCAUUUGGCCCACGGAUCAAGAAUUGGUUGAAGGAUAUUAUGUUUGGAGCCGAAGAUCAUGAAUGGGGUGUUAUUGUCGACUAA